AUGGGCUUCCUGCACCAUCACAAUCUCGAGCCUGUCGCCGAGCACAUCGCGCUAUUCGACCAAUUUGUCUCAGCGGAGCCGCAGACACUAGUGCUGAGAGAAAAGGUGCUUUCAGUCUCUGGCGACAGCUUCGACGUCAAAUUGGCAAAUGGGGAUACUGUCAUCAAAGUCCACGGAGCCUGGGUUUCACUCUCUGGCCGCAAGAAGGUUGAGGACGCCCAUGGAAAGCACCUGUUUGAUAUUGUCAAAGAACACCUGCACCUUCAUUCUACCUUUGCCCUUGAGGACACCCAUCGCAAGAAGGUCUGCGAGGUCAAGAGUGGUCUUACGUUGAUCGGCUCCAAAGCCACGGCCACUUUUACUGAUGCCAACGGCAAGGCCGUCGUUUUCAACAUGAAUGGAGGCUGGUUUGAUCAUAGUGCUGAUAUUGUUGAUCACCGAAAUGGUCAGACUGUGGCUCGUAUUGAUCGGAAACUACUUACCGGUCGUGACCUUUUGUUUGGUGAUCAGACCUAUGCCGUUGUUGUGGCACCGGGUGUGGACGCUGCAUUGAUCGCGGCCUUGUGUAUAUGUUUUGAUGAGAAGAACAACGAGGAGCGUGGAGUAUAG